AACGAACUCAAAGGACAUUUCCCAUUCUCAGCUAUCUAUUAUCCUCUUCCUUUUUCACACUUUUGCCUGUCAAUCUUUUAUUUCGUCUCUUAUCAGAGAUCCCAAUAAAUCUGACACUGUUAUUUAUUUAUUUAUUUAUUUAUUCAUUUUUGUCCAUAAAAGAUUAUCACUUAGAAACCGACACAAUUCCCCCCACCCCCAUUGCGUGAAAAUGCCUUUGUUAGUCAUGAAAUUUAAAUACAAAUUUUUAAGAAAUGACCUAAUAAAAAUAGGAAGACAGGGUGUAUUCUGAGAGAGAGAAAAGAGAGAAAAUGCGUGGGAGGGAAGCACCGACGUCCGGCGGCGCGUAUGCGCACGUGCCGACGCCGGUGGCUCCCUUCUUGUCGAUCCUUGCUAGGUUUCCCUCUGUGCGCGUCGAUCUACUGUCCUAUCCGAUAUAUUUUCGGAUCUGGAAUAGGGUUUUAUCGCCGGAAGAGAUUUGUCUACGGAGGGUUUCAAACGGCGGUAAUCUCUCUUUCUCUGGAUUCGUGGUAAGGUAGUAGGACGCGGCUCGUCGCGACAGCUUGUUAGUUUUUUGGGUUGAAGUUAGGGUUCAAUCCGGGAGGCGGAGGCUCCGUUAGUUCCGCCGUCGCCGUUCAAGUUUCCGGGGGGUGGAGGCUUCUUCAGCUCUGCGUCGCCGGCAAAGUCUCCGGGAGGUAGAGGCUCUCUCAGCUCUGCGUCGCCGGAUCAUGUACCGAGGGGUGAAGGCGUCUUGUACCUUGCCUCGUCGGCUCUUGUUGCUUAAUUUUUAGAUUAGUUUUUUUUUAGGGCCUUUGUGGUUGUUUAUGGCGUUGGUGAUGGUUGAGACCCGUGUGUGUUCUCUCGUUGGAGGAAGAGAGAAGCGUCCGUAUCAAGUUGGUGAUGUUUCUGUGAGCCGUGGUUGUUACUCUGGUUUGUGCUCGAACGGUGGUGGUGAUGAUCUCGCUCCGGCGAUUGAUCUCGCCGGUAAAGAUUUCUCUAGAGUACAAGACGGCGGUGGUGAAGAGUGUGUGUAGGUCAUGGGAUCCGGUUUGUCACGGUGAGGCAUGCUCUUGUAGUGGCCGGUGAGAACCGUCCGUUCUCCGACGUAAGUGCUACCGGUGGCGGCGACGUUUGCGGGUUUGCUUCUCGAGGUAGGGCGAACCGCGAGUCGGCGUGUUUGGGUUUGAGGAUAUCGGGCUUGGGCCUAAGCGGGUUGGUUCUUUUAAGUUGGGCUUUGUGUUUGGGCCUUUUGGUCUUUGUAACUCUCUUUGGGCUUCGGCCUUUUUGCUAAUAUAAUUCAGUUGAGAAAAAAAAAAAAAAAAAAAGGAAAAUCGAACAGUAUGACAACGAAAAAAGCAUAAUUCGGUACAUAAUCAAAUACCCUAACUUUUCUAUAUACACAUUAUAUUUUAUGUAAUAAUAUAUUUAUGUUCUUGAAAUUAACCGCUGCAACCUGCUGAGAAUUUUUUUUUUCAAUUAUUUACUGUUAAGUUACACGUAGCUUAAUUAUAUUGACAUUAUCUAUUUUAACUUUUUUUGGUACAUUUUGAGAAAGUGAAAGCCGAAAGGACUUUCCAUCGAGGGUUUUCUCCACCAACUUGAACUCUCUGUUUUGCUCUCCACCAUCGGCGACGUCGUUCUUGUCUGCGUUUAUUAGCCAUCCCGAAGUGUGUUGCGCAUGGGAUAUCAUCUUCGCUUUGUAAUUUUUUUGAGACAAGAGGUCGUUACAGUACAAUCGGCGAGAUGUAGCAACCUGAACUUCUUUUACUUCACAUCAGCGAUUCUUCGUCUGAGAACUAUUAAAACAUUGAAAAUUCUGGGGUUUGUGCCUUUGAUUAUAUUCUGCCGAUGCUUUUUUCUCCUAUUUGGGAUAUAAUCGGCACAACUCAAGACAUAGUUCUUAAAUCUAACCCAUCAAUACCGUUGCAUGUCGGAUCUGGUAGGGCUAGUAGAAAGAAAUGAUUUAGGGUUGAACUUGUCCCGGUUGGUCGAACUCAUCUGUUUAAUGCGAACUUUUGGGGAAAUUAUGUUUGAAAUAUGAAUUUAAAAUUUAGGGAUUAGAUCUAUAUUGGAUUUCUAUGCAGCAUGAAAUGGAAUAUCUUGGAUAUUAUGUUAUGUUAAAUGGGAUGAUUCGUUAAAUAGAAUAGUUUACACUACUUAAUGUUAUAGUUCUACUCAGUUGUACUAUUUUCUGGAGUAAAUUAGCAACCCGUAUGAAGAUUUCCAUUCCAUUCCAUAUUAGUGUAUGUUUUGUUCAAUGUAUAUAAAUAUUAGACUACAUAAUAUAUAACUGAUUAUUGACGACUAUGUUGAUUUCCCAUAUUAUUUGCAUAUCUCAUCUGUUGACUGCACAUGUUAUUUAACUAUCUCAGGUUUGUCAUAGAUGAGUUGGGCCUUCUAAGAAUAUGUUUGCAUAGGAUUUGAACCAACUGGAAAGAAAACAGUUAACAACUAUUUCAACUUCCGUUGGAUUAAGUGAUCAAGAGUGCAUUAGAGGAAGCGCAUUUGGUGAUGUUGAAUGCGUCCCAGUUUGGUAAAGUAUUGUAGAAGGAGGCCCACACCUUCUCAGUCAUUUUUGUGCAUUACAUUAUCUUCUGUCAGUUGGGAACUGAAAAGGACUUCAAACUAUGGUGUCUCGUGUAGAGUGGAACAAAAUAUUGUAAUAUUUCCAUGUUUUGCUAUUUGGGUUGGAGUUUAUAUUUAUGUCUUGGAUUUAGUAAUCAAUGGUUUUGGGUUUAGUAUGAAGGGUUUGAGUUCACUCUGGCAAAACAGUAGGUAAUUUAAUGUCAACUAAUAAAAAUUACAGAAUUUGAACAAUCUUCUCCAUCUUAUUUUACCAUUUUUUAUCACGUGUGUAUUUUAUACUAUUUUGAGUAUAUAGAAUAGUACAUAUACACCACUCACUUGGUAACAUAUGUUUACAUUUGUUAUGUAAAUGGACACAACUUUAACUUCAACAUGGUAACCAUUUUUCCAUCUUCUUGCUGCCUUCGUUUAACCAUUUGUGUUAAAUUAAUCUUCUCCAUUUGUUGUGUUUCGACAUGUGAUUCUCAUAACACCACAAAACCAACGACGUCACGUACUACGUCAUCUACUCUCUCCUAGAUUUCUAUUUUAGGUGCCCCAUGUAGCAUGAAACAUGAAUUGCUACGGGUUUUACUUUGAAACCACUCGUUUCCUUAACAGAGUAAAACUAUCUUUCAUAAUUACACCAAAUACGUGAUUUUUUGGUAUUCUUUCAUAUGCCAAAUAUGUUAGCAAGUCUUGGCCAUUUAUUCCAGUACCUACGUCAUACUCUCUCACACCUGGUGCUGUCGUCCCCCAUGACAUACCUUCACACAGUUUUUCUAUUUUAUGUGUCUUGCGUAGAAUAGAACAAAAUAUUGUAUUAUUUUUAUGUUUUGCUAUUUAGAUUGAGCUUUAUAUUUCUGUCUUGGGUUUAGUGAUCAGUGGUUUUGGGUUUAUUAUGAAAGUUUGGUUCACUCAGGCAAAGCAGUGGGUAAUUUAAUGUUAGCAUAUAAAAAAUACAAAAUCCGAACAAUCUCUUCCAUCUUAUUUUACCUUUUCUUAGCAUGUGCUUAUUUAUUCCAUACUAUUUUAAAUAUAUAAAAUAGUACAUAUACACCACUCAGUUCGUAAUAUAUAUUUACAUGGAACCAUUUGUGCUAAAUUAAUCUUCUCUUUUUGCUGUGUUUUGAUAUGUGAUUCUUAUAACGCCACAAAACCUACGACGUCACAUACCAUGUCAUUUGUAAGAUAAGAGAAAUGGCAGAAUCGGAUGAACUGUGUGUUAAAUAUCUGAAUAUUAUAUUAUGACAAAUCAAUGUUACUUAUCUAAUUUACAUUUGAUAUAUGACUACUACGCAAAUUAAUCCGUAUUGUUGGUAACAAACAAAAAAACUACUUAUAAAAACAAAUAAAGAUCAACCAAAAUUAAAAAUAAAUAAAGGCUUCGAAUGUUACGAACUGCCCCGCCCUGCACUGUAAUUAACAGUAACAAAAAUCUCUACAUAUAUCAUAUAUCUAUACAUUUUUAUAACUGUUAAAACCGCACCGCAAUUAAACCUCUUAUUCCGCACAACUCAAGCCGCAAUUACCAUUCGGAGCUAAAGAUAAAUAGCGAAAGCUGCACAACUUUAUACACGUAAUUAACACAACUACCAGAAAAAAAGAACUUUGUACACGUAUCCAUUGACUUUUAAUUCAUGGCAGAAGAACAUUCAUAUCCUCAAAUUAACUGUUUUGCCGAUAAUUGUUAAUUACUCCCUCCGUUUUUUAAUAUAAGUCGUUUUACAGCUAUACACGUAGAUUAAGAAAACUAUUAAUUUCUUAUAUUUUCUAGACAAAAACAUCAUUAAUUAUUUACCUAACCACAAUUCAACCAAUAGAAAAAUAGAAGAUAUAUUACCAUUGGUCAUACAACAUUAAUUAUUAAUAAAUUUUACAUAGAAAACCGAAAACGACAUAUAAUUUGGAACAAAAAAGUUUCUCUAAAACGACUUAUAUUAAAAAACGGAGGGAGUAAUGAAUUGGCGACCAAAUAUAGACAAUUUAUUAAAAAUUGUUCAGAAAAGAAAAGACAACUCAGUUCUCCUGUAAAUGAAAUGAUUUCCUUUGUCGUAUAUUACCUGUAAAUUAUAUGAUUUAAAUAGGAAAAAUAUAGUAUUUUUUAAUAUUCAGUAAAUUGGGAAAAAAACAUUUUUUAGAUUAGUAUUCGCUGGCUUGGCCUAGCUAUUUGCUUUUAGUUGGCGAAGGAUUCACAUGGCUUCUCUUCACAUUAACCAAUAUCUUAACACGUGAUAACUGAUAAAGAACCCUUUUUCUGUUUUCUCAUAUUAUCUAUCUCUUUCAAGAAGACAGAAGAAGAAAAGAUCAUCAAGACCGAUCUCGUAGACUUUAAUUUCUUUUCUUGUCUUCUGUCAAAAACCAGAAAGAAACUUUUCAAGCAGUAGAAACAAAAGAAGAAUCUCAUAGAAUCGUGAGCUUCACGACGAUGGAGUCUUUGAAGAACAGAACAUUGCUUAAAGUCAUCGUCCUCGGAGAUAGCGGGGUUGGCAAAACUUCAUUGAUGAACCAAUACGUGUACAAGAAGUUUAAUCGACAAUACAAGGCCACGAUCGGAGCAGAUUUUGUCACCAAGGAGCUCCAUAUUGAAGACAAAGCUGUCACUUUACAAAUAUGGGAUACGGCUGGACAAGAGAGAUUUCACAGUCUAGGAGCUGCGUUCUAUAGAGGUGCUGAUUGUUGCGUUCUUGUUUACGACGUUAACAAUCUCAAAUCUUUUGAAACACUCAAUACUUGGUACAUGGAGUUCCUCAAACAGGCAAAUCCUGUGGAACCUGAGAAAUUUCCAUUUGUUUUGAUUGGGAACAAAACCGAUGUAGAUGGUGGAAACACCCGAGUUGUUUCGGAUAAGAGAGCCGUUGAAUGGUGUGGUACGAAGGGAAACAUACCGUACUAUGAAACCUCUGCAAAGGAAAAUAUCAAUGUGGAUGAAGCUUUUUUGGGUGUUGCACACAAAGCUCUCUCCAAUGAACAUAAACAAGAUUACAUAUAUUCCAGAGACUUGUCUGCAUCUGUUACAGACAUUCUUGAGGAGCCGUCAAGACCAGGCUGUUCUUGCUGAUUCAUAAGUAACACAUCUGAUCAAUAAUAUCGAAUCGAAGCUCUUCUGUUUUUAAUCUUGUCUUUUUAUUUAAUCAUAUGUUGGUUUAUAUCAAUUAUUGCGGUUUUGUAACAAAAUAACUGGUACAUGCAACGACCUGAGUGUUUUGAUUCAUGUGUAGCAUUCUAUUUAAUUUUGUUCAUGUUAUUGUUGAUACAUUCAAACAAUCAAAAUCAUUUGGAACAUUCGAUCUAUUGGUGUUCCAUUGUUAUUUAUUGGUUUUCUCUUAAA